UCACCAACCUGUCGAGGUCCCAUACGUCGAAGUGCUUUUAUUUCAUCGGCGAACAUUUUGGAAGGAGUGGAUAGAGACCAAUAGAAUAGUCGAGUGGCUGUGUCGAGCCGCGUUCAGAGCCUACUACCUCCCAAUGUCAAUGAGCACGCUCAGAGAGCCCGUUGCACGCUGUAGACCACUUGUUCAGGGAUCUCCACCACGUAUAAAAGCGGUUAUACUCAAGGCAACGCAGACUAUGAGCGUGCAACCAGAGAGCAAUGACCCCCCUUCGGCGUUGGUGGCGCAGUUUCUUUCAACUUCAAACUCAUCGUCAUCAAGCGAUACGCUUGCUAGACAAGUUUCGAACCCCAUAUCUGCCAACCCUUCGAAACUCCCGGGUAUACAGCCUUCCUAUCGCUCCAAACUCUCUGCAACACUCUCUCGGACUGACGGAGCUGGCUCAACUCGUUCUCCCUCUCUCAAGAAAACGAUGCCUAGGAAAAAGACACCUAGUGCCAGGAAUAUCGCUACGACAGCGCUCGCGCCUGAACUAGUGCAUGGCCAAGAAUCUGAACGGGCCCAAAUUCUCUAUACUUACACUACGUUUGAGCCGAAGCCAAACCGAUUGUAUGUCAAGACAGCUGCCGAAGCAAACCGCAUGUUAGAAUCUAUGACUGGCCCACUGGGGUUCGACAUGGAAUGGAGAAUCUUGUAUAGGAAGAAUGGUUCACAAAACAAAACAUUUCAAAGGCCUGUAGCCGUCGUUCAAAUUGCAAAUCGGAGGUCCAUACUCAUCAUCCAAACGAGCGCGAUGAAGGGUGGG